GUUUUUAAAAAUUCUCUUUCACAUUCAUUCAGCCUCGAACUACAGGUUCCUCAAAGGAGGUGUAUGAAAAGGAACAUUUCACCAGUUGUAUGUGUUUUGUUGAUGACCAAACUGGACUUGGACUCUGAAGAAGAUCUCAAAGAAUCUCCUAGCUUUUUUAAGCUUUUGGAGAGAUCAAAGUGAAUCAACAAGUCAUAAUUCAAUUCACUCUAAACCUCUUACUAUUGUUUUAUGCGCACUAUAGUAAUUCAGUUAUAGAACUUCAAUCAAGAGUUUUUCUUGAGCAAAAUUAUGCUUUCUUUUGGAGAACUGGGCUCUUGGUGUUUGGAGAUUGGAGAUGGAAACAUGACUGUAACAGAAUGUCACUGUUUGACUGUUUAAAUUGUUCUGAUGUCUAAUAUGAUUGAGAAAUGGACUUGUUCUGUUCCAGAGUUAUAUUUGCACAAUAUUGAAGGCAAAGAGGUCCCAUUUGUGAAGUAUUAGGAAAUGUUGACUAGUUCUCAUAUUAAUUGCACGUCUCUCUUGUGUCUUUAAACAUCUCACCAUUUAAAUAAGGAAAGCUGAAGAGGUCCCAAAGGGAAAGAUUGGUCUGUAUAUGCACGUUGUUAUUUAUUACACACAUAUGUUCUAGACAGUUUAGUGCAUGUUCUUUUCAGUUUCCCUCUAUAUGUGAGGCUUGUUUAUGCUUUUCCUUCAUGUUAUGUAAGUUCAGUUUUCCUUCAUCCUUCUGCUCUGCCUGAGCAUCGCCUUGUUUGUUUGUGCCUUUUAGUUGCUCACUUUCUUAUGAAGCUGCUAUAUGUUACGCAUAGACCUAAAGCAGCACGGUUUUCCUCUGUCUAGUCUCUGCCCACCUCCUAACCUUAGCAAAACUACUGCUAAAGCUGAGAAACUGCAUUGAAACUGGAUUUUUUAUUUUUCUUUAUUUACUGCAUCUAACAACUUUGGAACUUUGCGUUCAGUACAAUAGUCCAGGAAUGCUGGUUUAUUACUAGCAGACAGUGGACGGACCACUCAAGUGGAGACUCUUUGAUGAUGUCAGAGAUGAUCUCUAAUGCGAUUGUGUUCCGACUCUGGGCAACGAUUGGGUGCCGGGAUCUGAAUGAUUAUACGGUCUCUUUCAAGCCAUAAGCCUCACUGUAGAAUACAGUCUACAAUUCAUAGUUUGGAUAUAUAUCAUUGCGUCUCUAUAUUGACCCUGGAUUUAGCUGGCAAGGCUUAUUUUCCUGAACAUUUUGUAGUCACCUUGCUGUCACCAAUAAUGGGCGCUGCUCGGGUAAAGAGGCGCUUCAGUGCGGUUGUGGACACCCCGCUGGAUGAGGAGGAAGUCAUGAGGCUUGCACAGUGUGAUGAUGUCACUUCCUCCCAGUCGGGCACACUUCCGUCACCCAACUGUAAUGGCAAAGUGCUCAACCAUCACCAUAGCAAUAGAGGAAGGAGCGGAGAGAGGGAUGAGGAUGAUGAUGAUGCAGAGGAUGACGAUAAUGAUGAAGAAGGGGGAGGGAGGAGGGGAGGAGGAGGAGGGCAUGGCCCGGCGCUCAGGGGGGAGUCUGGGGCAGAAGGGAGGUGGGAGAGGAGCAAGAGAAAGUCCUCGUCUGCCCUCUCGCCCUUGCCACCCCACGAACGCCGCAGCCAGUCCCGCCGGCCCCGACGGCGCUUUGUAGGCAAGGACGGGCGCUGCAACGUCACCUUCGUCAACAUGAGCGAAAGGGGCCAGCGCUACCUCACCGACCUCUUCACCACCUGCGUGGACAUCCGCUGGCGCUGGAUGCUCGUGGUGUUCACCCUCUCCUUCUUGCUCUCCUGGCUUCUCUUUGGUUUCACAUUCUGGCUCAUCGCCGCCGCUCAUGGGGACCUGGUGCCGCCCCUGACAUCAUCUUCCUCAUCUACUCCUUUAUCUGUUUCCUCCUCGCUGGCUCCUCUGGAACCCGUAGGAGAUUCCGGUCGAGUGGAGAUGGUGGCAGAGACAGAGGAACGCUGCUUUCAGCAGGUGAACAGUUUCAUGGCGGCGUUCCUCUUCUCUCUGGAGACGCAGACGUCUAUAGGAUAUGGCUUCCGGAGCGUUACCGAGGCCUGCCCCCUGGCGGUGCUGGCUGUCGUGUUGCAGUGCAUUGUGGGCUGCAUCAUCGACGCUUUCAUCAUUGGGGCGGUAAUGGCUAAGAUCGCCAAGCCCAAGAAGCGCAAUGAGACACUGGUGUUCUCGGAUGUGGCCGUGGUGGCCAUGAGGGACGGGAAACUCUGCAUGAUGUGGCGAGUGGGAAACUUGCGCAAGAGCCACCUGGUGGAGGCCCAUGUGCGAGCACAGAUACUGAAGCCACGGGUGACCCCUGAGGGUGAGUUCCUGCCACUGGACAAUGCAGACCUCAAUGUCGGUUUUGACACAGGAACAGAUCGCAUCUUUUUGGUGUCACCUGUGACAAUUGUGCAUGAAAUUAAUGAGGAGAGCCCUUUCUUUGAGGUGGACAAACAUACACUAGAGGAAGACAAAGAUAUGGAAGUGGUGGUGAUUCUGGAGGGUAUGGUGGAGGCCACUGCAAUGACAACCCAAUGCCGGUCUUCAUACCUGGCCUCUGAGAUCCUCUGGGGUCACCGCUUUGAACCUGUGCUCUAUGAAAGGAAGAACUGCUACCAGGUGGACUACUCAUACUUCAACAGGACUUACGAGGUCCCGGACACGCCCACCUGCAGUGCUAAAGAGUUAGCCGAGAAUAAGUACAUCUUAGGCUCCCGUUCCUCCUUCUGUUACGAGAACGAGGUGGCUCUGCAGCUCUCCCCCUCUGUCCCUCCCUGCCCUGACCAGUUCUCUCCAUCCCCCUGUUCUUCCCCCUCUCUCGUUCGGCCCACACAACCACCUCGUCAAGACUCCUGCAGUGAGCACCCACACAUACACUGAGCCAUGCGGCAGGGAUGAAAGGGCACAAGGGAAAGCAGCGGUCAAAGAAAGAAAGGGAGAUAGAUAGAGAAAGAAAGGGAAAGGGUCAGGAUGGAGGGUGGAGUUCGGGAGAAAGAGACAGAACCAAAGGGCUGGAGAGACAGACUUGGACAGGGGACUAAGACAAAGAGGGCCGUAAAGGGACAAUGUAGGACUGAUUAAUGACAAUAGGUCAUGCAUAGGAUGGGCUGAGAGAAGACAGAAUGCACAAAAUAUGGAGAAUAGAAGAGGGAAAGGGGCCUCUCACCGCCUGGGAGAAGAGAACGAAAGAGCAAGAUAUCAAGACAGUGGGGUGAAUUCACUAAUCCAUUGCACUAGUGCAGUAUUUCUGGAUGUGUCUUCUUCACUAACCCCUGUAAUCCUGUUUUAUCAGACGCUAUCAAAGUAUCUUUCAAAGCAAGUCAAUUCAGGUGGCCAUCUUGGAAACAGCUAUUUUAGUCAUACAUAGGUCCUAUCAAAUUGGGUAGGGAAACACU